UCACAUCACACUGUAUGUUGGCUUCUUCUUCUCUCUCUCUCUGUCUCUGUCUGAGAUUCUACAGCGGAGGAAAGAAAGAGGACGAGAGUGAAAGUGUGCUUUCAGCCAAUCAGGAUGGAGGGAGAGGAGGAUGGGGCGGGACGAGUCCGAGAGCUGCAGGAGCAGAGGAUGGCCGUCCAGAAGAAGACCUUCACCAAGUGGAUGAACAGCGUCUUCAGGAAGAAUGGGGAGAAAGUGGAGCUGACUGACGUUUACACGGAGCUGAAGACCGGAGUGGUUCUGAUUCGUCUGCUGGAGCUCAUCUCCAAAGAGACUCUGCCUCCGCCCAGCCGCCGCAAACUCAGAGUCCACUGUCUGGAGAACAACAGCAACGCCAUCAGCUUCCUCAAAACCAAGAUUCGAGUGGAUCUGAUUGGUCCAGAGAAUGUGGUGGACGGGGACCGUACGCUGAUCCUGGGUCUGCUGUGGAUCAUCAUCCUCAGGUUCCAGAUCGGACCCAUCAGCCUGGACGAGGUAGGGAAUCGAACCCGCAACCUUCAGCCUGACUGAUAAUCCAAUAUCAUGUCGU